AUGCCAGUGUGUGGAGGAGGCGGUGAGGCGGCGGGCGGCGCGUCGCGACUGUUCGGUGGCGGAGCUGGCGGUGAGUUCGGCGCCUCGUUGGCGGAGCUGUUCUGGUGGGCCGCCUCCCCCGCGCCGGCCGCGCGCCCGCUGCAGCCCCGGUUGUUGCGCGCCCUGUACCACGCCCCGGCGCCUGCUCUACGGUUCUUGGCACCCAAAUACAAAGACCCUUCAGCCCUCAGAAAGCUGUCGGUGUAUCUGCUGACCCUGGUGCAAAACAUCCACCUGUCUGCGGAGCGCGGCGAGGAGGCCGUAGAGCUGGCUAUCACUGACUGGGCGCGGGACUGGGCCGUGGGCUCCCAGGCCGAGCUGGCGGAGCGUGUGCGGGGCCCGGCGCUGCUGCAGGAGGCUGAGCGGCUGCUGAAGGCGGACCGAGCGCGCCGAGCCCGCCACGCGGCCUCCCCGCGCCUGCGCACCGCUAUAGGGAAGGCGGUAUUCGCCCGCGAGGUGACGGCGCGCGCGCUGGCCGACAGCGCCAUGGCUGCCACCCGCCGGGUCGUCGACACUCAGAACGGUGAACGGAAAUCCUUCCUCGAACAUCUGCGGCGAGCGGACGCCGAGCACGCCGCCGCCCUGGCGCGCUGGAACACUAUCGUGGACACUUACACGCACGAGAGAGGCGUAUGGCACAGUCCGCUCGGGUACCCGAGCGCCUGGCAGCUGGACAGCACGGAGGGGCCUGGACGAGUGCGCGUGAGGCUGAGGAGGGCGCACCUGAGGAUACCGCCGCGCUUCUUGAAGCCGGAGCAUCGACACAAGGCCGAGAGCGCCGGUCGGCCGCCUCCUCUGCGCAGCGUGCUGGGCGCGGGGGCGCGCGGAGGGCUGGCGGCUCGCCUGCAGCUCAGCGAGACCGUGGUGUACAUGGCGCGCGUGCUGCGGGUCACGGUGGCGCGGGAGACGCCGGGCGAGCUGCUCCUCACCGACCGCUGCCUGCACUUCGUGGUCGAGAGCGACGCGGACACGGGCGCGGGGGGGGAGGCGGCCGGAGGUAGCUGGUCGCUGGGGGCGCUGCGGCGGGUGGCCACGCGGCGCUGGUGCCUGCAGGAACGAGCGCUGGAGCUGUUCCUGCGCUGCGGCCGCGCGCUGUUGCUAGCCUUCGCGGACGAGGCGGAGCGGGCCAUGUUCCUGCAGCAGCUGGAGCGGGCGCACCGACCGCCGCCCGGCGACCGGGACUCGCUGGCGGAGGCCGUGCAGCAGUGGCGCUCCGGGGCCAUCACCAACUGGGAGUACCUCAUGAUACUGAACGGGCUCGCCGGCCGCUCCUACAAUGACCUGAUGCAGUACCCGGUGCUGCCCUUCGUCAUCGCCGACUAUGCGUCUAAGAUAUUGGACCUGACGGACCCCGCGUCCUUCCGCGACCUCAGCAAACCGAUGGCCGUCCAGAACAAGAACAGGGAGCAGCACUACAUAAACACUUAUAAUGACCUGAAGGCGGCCCGUCGCGAGGGUUGCAGCCCCCUGGUGUCUCGCCAGGCCCAUCACUACGCCUCCCUGUACUCCAACUCGGGCGGGGUCCUUCACUACCUGGUGCGAUUGUCACCCUUCACUGAACUGUUCAUUAACUAUCAAGAUAACAACUUCGAUAUGCCGGACCGAACGUUCCACUCCCUGGCGACCACGUGGCGCCUCAUCACCCAGGACUCGCCCACCGACGUUAAGGAGCUGAUCCCCGAGCUAUUCUACUUGCCGGAGCUGUUCUACAACACGGAGGGGCUGGCGCUCGGCGUGCGGCAGUGCGGCGCGCGCGUGGACGACGUGGAGCUGCCGCAGUGGGCGGCGGACGCGCGGCUCUUCACCCUGGUGCACCGCCAGGCUCUGGAGGCGCCGCUGGUGGCCGAGCGCCUCCCUCUGUGGAUUGACCUCGUAUUCGGCUACAAGCAGACCGGCCAGGCCGCCAUCGACGCCAUCAACGUGUUCCCCGCCUGCACGUACUACGGCUUCGACCCGUCGUCGCUGGAGGACGAGCUGGACCGCACGGCGGCAGCGGCUAUGGUGCGGACGUACGGCCAGGCGCCGCGCCAGCUGUUCCGUACUCCUCACCCUCAGCGCGCGCCCGAGCUGCUGCCGCGCCAGGACACGGUCGGCGUGUGGGACGGCGUGUGCGGCGCGCGCUGGGGACGCUACUGCGGCUCCCCGGAGCGCGCACCGCCCGCCGUGGUAGCUCGACGCUCCCUGCCCGGAGCCGUCCGGCUGCAGCGCCUCGCACAUCCCCGCGCGGUCGCCGCAUGUCAAAAGACUAGCAUGCUCAUGGUGUUGGAUGGUGAGUCUACGGAACGAACCUCAUGA